AUGGAUCUCUCUGCACUCACGAGAAUACUUGCAGACAAGCCUAUACCAACGCUUUUUUCGGCACUGGCGAGCAGCGCUCCAGGCGCUAGCGAUGAAUCUUUACAGUCCAUCCUUGACGCGGAACUAUCACGUCGCACCCAACAGCUACGAGACCUGCAAGUCUUCAGGAAUAGGAUCGCCUCCCCUGCGACGAGGCUUCCGCCUGAAAUUCUCUCUGAGAUUUUCUUGAAUCUGGCAGGGGAAUCCGACUAUGGCUUGAGUUGGAGAAGGUACGCAUUUGUGAGCCGAACAUGGCUCGAUGCAGCAUUGAACACUCCUGCGCUCUGGAGCUUUGUGGAUCUUACCCGAAUCCGGACUCUAUCGGUGCUAAGAAGAUUUCUCGACAGAGCUAAGGACUCCCCGUUAUCGGUGGACAUUACUGUGAGAUCGCAGACCAGAUGUUACUGGGCAGAUGGGGAGCCACUCUUCUGGCACGAUCGACAACUGCGCGCGCUCAAGAUCGAUAUUCAACCCAACUUGGUCGUAUCGUUUCUUGAUCGCAUCGUCUUCGAGAACCACCCUCGCCUGGAGAGCAUGAGGAUCAUAGCCAUCCCCCGAGAGGUCUAUGGAGGAGACAGACCCCCUGUACCAGAGGACUACAUUGUAGUGCGACUACCAUUCGAAUUCUUCUUGGAGAGGACCCCGCUGCUUAGGCGUCUGUUUCUUGUGAACAUUUCGUUCGAUUGGUCCACCUUGCGGAACUUGACUCAUCUGAAAGUUCUCUGGAGUCGCGAAUGGUCUGAGCAAUACACGGUUGACUGGACCUUGCGUGACAUCGCGGAAGCCCUCAUUCGCUGCCCCCAGCUCACGCGGGUGGUGAUGCGGCCGCUCCCUGUUGCAGAACUGGACGUCCCACUUUCCCCGGUGAAUCUCCCUUGCUUGUCGGACCUGGAGUUUAUCGGAUUUGCCGAAUCGUGCGGUCAGCUGCUCACGGCCUUGAAAAUGCCAAGCUCGACAACCCUUAACAUCGACGCAACUCGCAGUGGCGAUAACUUCAACAUCAGUGCAUUAGAACCACUGAUCGCCGGUCUACAACGCCACUACACUGGAAGCACCUCUCUCUUACGGACGAUGAUUUGCUCGAUGGUCCACGUCGAGAAUCGGGGCGAGUCGCUAUGCUUCCACUUCUAUGAAGAGGCACGGCUACAUCCAAGGAAUAUGAGCUACGAAGAGCGCUCAAAGUCGUACCUUCUUACGCUGUAUACGUACCCUCGGACGCGCGAGGCUAUGUGCGGCCUCAUCAGCCUCCUCCUCUCCGUCAUGCCUUUCCACAACAUCCUGUACCUCGAUUGGCGUGGUACGUCCAGCGUCCAUUCUGAGGCGAAGGCGACGAUCAUGGAAAAUCUACCUGCGUUGGAGGCAAUAGCUGUGUACUUGCGCGAAGAGGAUGUUGAUUGCCUGCUCGAGACCUUGGCCAUCUACUCUCAGCGAGGCAACGGAUGGGACGAGGGGUGUAUCUACAUCGACGCUGGAUGCCUCCAGUGGAAUACCCCGGAAGAACUGCAGGCUGCCCAUAUCCUGCUGGACCGCGUCGUAGCACAUGCGGCGGAAGCCAAUCUAUCGGAACAUCCGCUCAAAGCAAUCGUGCUUUUUGCCGCUCCAAAGACCUUCGUAGACGAUAUCGACGCCCAGGACGUCGCGCGCAGUCUGAGCUUGGGCUUUAAAUGCAACGAGGUUCUUUACACUUAUACAGGAGAAGGGGAAGGAGAGCGAUGA